UAGGGGAGCCCGGAGAAAAGUGAUUGCGAGCAUCCCAGGGGGCCAGGCAGGGCCCCCUCCCCAGGGAAGCAGACCAGCCCUGCUGGAAGUCUGGGUGUCCUGGAGACCCUUGCAGCCACUGUGUACUUUCACCUUGCAGGCUGGCGUCAAGAUUAUGCUAAUUAAGUCCCCCGUCGUCUGUCUCAGUGUCUUGUUGCCUGGUGACAAAGUUUCACAGCUGAGGAGGAGGAACUGAGACAACCACGAGUAUAUCUUCUAGCAGUUUCAUGUGACUUUUUCCUCAAACUAAUCACCUCCCGAUCAGAACAACAUACUUCAGACAUACUCCCUCACUAAAACAACAUGGCCAAGGGCGGGAAAGUCCCCAAGGGCAAGAAGAUCACCCUCAAGGUGGCCAAGAAUUGUAUCAAAGUCACAUUUGAUGGGAGAAAACGCCUUGACUUGAGCAAGAUGGGACUUACUAACUUUCCCAAGUGUAUUCUGCGACUGAAUGAUGUGGACGAGCUCGACCUCAGCCGGAAUUUGAUUCGGAAGAUCCCUGACUCCAUCUCCAAAUUCCAGAAUCUACGAUGGCUGGACCUGCACAGCAACUACAUUGACAAGCUCCCCGAGUCCAUUGGCCAGAUGACUACUCUGCUCUACCUCAAUGUCAGCAACAACAGGCUGACCACCAACGGGCUGCCGGUGGAGCUCAACCAGCUCAAGAACAUCCGCACUGUGAAUUUCGGCUUGAACCACCUGGACAGCGUGCCCACCACGCUGGGAGCUCUGAAGGAGCUCCAUGAGGUGGGCCUCCACGACAACCUGCUGAACAGCAUUCCCCACAGCAUCGUCAAGCUCCCGAAGCUGAAAAAGCUGAACACAAAGCGAAACCCCUUUCCCAAACCAGAAGAGUUGGAUACGUUCGUAGAUUCCAUCAAAAGGCUGGACAACUUAUAUCUAGUGGAUGAGAAGGAUCUGUGUGGGCCUUGCCUGAGAAAAUGCCAGCUGGCCCGGGACAAGCUGAACAAAAUAAAGAACAUGGCCACAGCGACACCCAGAAAGGCCAUCUUUUCCAGUUUGAUCGCGCCCAACUCCAUGGCCAAGGAGUCCCAGGAGGAGUGGAGGGUAUGCUCAGCAUCUCCCUAGAGUAGCUUAUGGCCGAAACCUGAAGACUAGUCAGCCAACAAGAACAAACAGCUCUGCAGGAGAAGAGAGAGCACGGCAGGGGAACGUUCUGGAAGCCAGGCUCUCUGGUGCUGGCCAAGCCACUGACUCGUGUCUUAGGUUCACUUUGUCUCUCUUUGCUUUAGGACAUCUGCGUGUGAAAAUGACUUUGGGAAAUAUUUGGUAUGGUUUUCUUAAGGUAUUGAAAGGAAAUAUUUAAUAAAAUGAUAGAUAUGAAUUAUAGGCCAAGAUUUAGAAGAAGACUUUAAGACUUAAAGACUUAGGGUUUCUACAUUUCACUUGAACUGUUAAAACCUCAACACCAGUCGCCUGUGAUCAAUUAUAUAUAAUGCAACACCUCCAGCAACUAAAACUUAUACAAAAAAUUCAUAUAAAGAAAUAUACUCAAAAAUGCUAUAGACAAAUCUAAGUAGAAUUUUAACAAGUCUUUCAGUAAUGCACAGAUAGGCAUGAAAAAGAAAACAGAGAAAUGAACGACAAGGAAAAGAAUAGGAAACAAAAAAUAAUAUGGCAGAUUUAUGUGUUAUCAUUUUAAUAAUUACAUUAAAUGUAAACAGUCUUCUUUAUUUGUAAAAGGCUCAAACUAGGAACAGCCAAAUUUCCCUCAAUAGACAAAUGCUUAAAAAAACUCUGGCGUAGCCAUAUCAUGGAAUACUACUCAGAGAUGAAAAUGAUGAUACCAAUGAUACAGCCAACAACGUGGAUGGAUCUCAAUGGGAUUAUUAUGAGUAAAAAAGGCCAAUCUCCAAAGAUCACAUACUCUAUGAUUCCAUUUAUAGGACAGUCUCUAAAUGAAAAAAUAACAGAGAUGGAAAACGGAUGAGUGGGUACCAGACUUUAAGCCUGAUGGGGGUGGCAGAGUGUGGGCAUGACCAUAAACUGGUAGCACAACAGAUGUCUUUGUAGUGAUAAAAAUCAUCAUGUAUGUUGAUAGUGGUGGUGGUUAUAUGAGUUUACACGUAUGAUAAAAUGACUCAGAACUAUGCACACAUAUUGUACCAAUGUCGAUUUCCUGGUUUUGAAAUUUACUAUAGUUACAUAAGAUGUAACCAUUGCGGGAAAUUAUGUGUAUUAUUUUUGCAACUUCCUGUGAACCCAUAGU